UGACGUUUUAGUUCCCUUUAUCUGAGAAAAAUAAAUCCUGCAAAAAAGAAAGGGAGAAAAUGAUUGUCCUGAAUGGGCCUUGAACCUCCCUCCAAAUAGUCAGCUGUUAGCCUGUCACUGCCUCCCCAUAUGCUCGCAAAGCUGCUGCAUUGUCCUCUCUCUCCCUCUCUCCCUCCCUCCUGCCUCUCACCCGCAACCCCACCACCACCUUCACCACCACACAACACCAUUUUUAUGGUCUUCUGAUCAAACCCACUUCUCAAGAGCAAAAAAAAAUAAGGACCUUUCUUCAACCAUGACUCCUUCUACCUCUCCAUUCUCUCUCGUUACUGUUCUCAGCCUCAUUGUCUUCCUUCUCACUCCUACUGGUGUUUCAGCUGCGACAUUCACAUUCGUCAACAGAUGCGACUACACAGUGUGGCCAGGCAUUCUCGCCAACGCCGGCAGUCCUAGACUCGACAGCACGGGUUUCGAGCUCCCCAAAGACACCUCUCGCUCGUUUCUAGCUCCGACCGGCUGGUCAGGCCGGUUCUGGGCCCGAACAGGCUGCACAUUCGACGAAUCCGGCUCUGGGUCGUGCCUCACCGGCGACUGCGGCUCCGGCCAGAUGGAAUGCAACGGUGCCGGAGCCGCUCCGCCGGCGACGCUCGCCGAGUUCACCCUCGGCACCGGCGGGCAAGACUUCUAUGACGUCAGCCUCGUCGACGGCUACAACUUGCCCAUGUUCGUCGAAGGGAGCGGCGGCUCGGGUGUGUGCGCGUCCACGGGUUGCUCCACGGAUCUUAACCGGCAGUGCCCGGCGGAGCUGAGGGUGGGGAAUGGCGACGCGUGCAAGAGCGCGUGCGAGGCGUUCGGGAGCCCGGAGUACUGCUGCAGCGGCGCGUAUGGCUCACCGGACACUUGCCGGCCGUCGGUUUACUCGGAGAUGUUCAAGGCGGCGUGUCCCAGGUCGUAUAGCUACGCGUACGACGACGCUACGAGUACGUUUACGUGUACGGGUGCUGAUUAUACGAUCACGUUUUGUCCCUCCUCUCCAAGUCUGAAAUCUUCAAGGGAUACUACAACUCCAGCUACAUCAGGAGGAGGAGCUUCACAAGGUGCAGUACCCGGGUCAGAUUCCGGGUUAACAUAUUCGGAUUCGGGUUCCGGAUCACAACCAGGGUUUGCGUAUUCGGAUUCUGGAGCGGGAGCAGGGUCGGGAUUGGGAUCAGGGACUGGAACCGGAUCGGGAACCAGAACUGGGUCUGAAGGAACCUAUUUGGCAGAUGGGUCAUGGUUGGCUGGUUUGGCCAUGGGAGAUUCAACAAAGAUUGUCACUCCCUCUACAUUGCAUACUGCACUAAUAGCCUCUUCAGCCUUUUGUACUAUCUUCCUCUCUUUAAGAAAAUUGUAGCCUCUCUCUUGUGUUUUGGUGUUUCUCACGUGAAUUUGUAUCAGGGUUUAUUGCAGCCUUUAAUGGGUUAUUUACUUAUUAUUAUUAUUGUCGAUGGAGUUUUUGCAUUUUGUUAGGAAAAGCUGACAGAUUCAUCCAGAUUGUAAACCACCCACCCACCCACUUGAAGAUUCUCCCAAAAUAUUCCUGUAAACCUAGGCUUAAAAAAAAAAAAAAGUUUUCACCUUCCCUUUUUGUGUUGAGAACAUCAAGUAGUGUAGUAAAAGUUUUCACAGGUUUUACCUUCCCAACCCUUUUUUGAGGUCCUGCAG